GGCCUGGGAGAAAGGAGAAUUCCAGGUGGGCGGCGUGGUGGAGGUCGUCGGGUGGAGAAGUCAUUGUGGGACCGGCGAGUUGGCAGUGGGUGAGGGGUCCAGAGGCUGUCCCGGAGUUCUUUGAGGCGUUCCCGAGGGAAAGCGGUGACCGCGAUCGCCCAGCAGGGGGGCUGCGGGGUGUCGGGCCCUCGGGAGGGCGGGGGCGCGUCUGGGGGCGGAGCCGCCGCUGGGUGGGGCGCCUGGCCCCCGCUCCCGGCGGUGGCGGCGGCGGCGGCGGUGGCAGCGGGCGGGGACCGAAGCCAGCGGGACGCCCGCGCCCGCGGCCGGCCCACAGCGAGGGGGGCGGGCGGCGGUGAGUAGGCGGCGGCCGGGCAGGGCCGGGCCACGCGGGCGGCGGCUGCUCGGGCAGGUCCGGGCAGGGCCGGGCCGGGAGCUGCGAGCCCAGCCGGGACCCCGCGCCGGAGCCCGAGCGCGGACACCGAGGCCGCGGCCCCGCCUCCUCCCCGCCCUCCGCCCGCCGCCCGCCGGUCGGCGCCCACAGCUCGGAGCGGCGCGGGAGUCGGAGCUGGAGCCGCCGCCGGAAACCGGACGGAGCCGGGUCCGGGAGUGAAGCCCGAUCCCGGCGGCUCCCGGAGCCGGUCCCGAGCCCCGCGCGGCUCAUGGCGGGGCCGCGGGGCGCGCUGCUGGCCUGGUGCCGCCGCCAGUGCGAGGGCUACCGCGGCGUGGACAUCCGCGACCUGAGCAGCUCCUUCCGGGACGGCCUGGCCUUCUGCGCCAUCCUGCACCGGCACCGUCCAGACCUGCUAGAUUUUGAUUCGCUUUCCAAGGACAAUGUCUUCGAGAAUAACCGUUUGGCCUUUGAAGUGGCCGAGAAGGAAUUGGGGAUCCCCGCUCUCCUGGACCCCAGUGACAUGGUCUCCAUGAGUGUCCCUGACUGCCUCAGCAUCAUGACCUACGUGUCCCAGUAUUAUCACCACUUCGCCAGCCCUGGCCAAGCUGGUGUCUCAUCACCUAGAAAGGCCCAGGCACCCUCCUCCCCGCCCUGCGAAGCACCUACUCCAGCAGAACCAGGAGACAGGGCUCAGGGCGAGGAGCUGUCGUCGGGCAGCCUGUCUGAACAAGGCGCCCAGCGGACCCCCAGCAGCAUAUGCGCCGCCUGCCAGCAGCAUGUGCACCUGGUCCAGCGCUCCCUGGUCGAGGGCAAGCUCUACCACCGCCACUGCUUCCGGUGUCGGCAGUGCUCCAGCACCCUGCUCCCUGGGGCUUACAAAAGUGGGCCUGAGGAAGGCACCUUCGUGUGCGCGGAGCACUGUGCCAGGCUGGGCCCCGGGGGGCGGUCGGGGGCCACGUCCGGGCCCCCUCUGCAGCCAAAGCAGCAGCAACUUGCAGAAGAGGUCAAGGAUGUGGACGGAGGCGGUGUGGGUCGUAGUGCGCCCACAGGGGCUGAGGCGGAUGUCCCCAAGGCCAGCCCCGAGGCCCGGCCCCAGAUCCCCACCAAGCCCCGGCUUCCAAGCAAAGCACAGGAGCUGGGCAGCUCCUCAGCGGGCCGCCCCACGCCUGCCCCGAGGAAGGCCCCGGAGAGCCCAGCCCUGACACCCCCCACACCCCGGCCCCGGUCCAGCCUGCAGCAUGAGAACUUGGCGGAGCAGGGUGGCAGCAGCAGCCUAGUAAAUGGAAGGUUGCACGAACCCCCCGUCCCCAAGCCGAGAGGGACACCCAAGCUGUCAGAGAGGACACCAGCCCCCAGAAAAGACCCCCCAUGGAUCACACUGGUGCAGGCAGAGCCCAGGAAGAAGCCAGCCCCCCUCCCCCCGCGCAGCAGCCCUGGACCUCUGAGCCAGGAAGGCAGGUGGGUGGAGAAUGGAGGCAUGGAGGAGAGCCAGAGCCAGGAGGAGCAGAGCCAGGUGACAGCGGGCCCGGAGCCCAAGCCCUACAACCCCUUUGAGGAGGAGGAGGAGGAGUCCCCAGCGGCACCCAGUCCGGCCGCGGGCCCUGCCCUGGCCCACUCGGCGGAGGUCACCCCCAAGUCCCUGCACCCCUGGUAUGGCAUCACCCCCACCAGCAGCCCCAAGACGAAGAAGCGCCCCGCGCCCCGCGCACCCAGCGCAUCCCCGCUCGCUCUGCACACCGCCCGCCUGUCGCACUCAGAGCCGCCUUCUGCGACCCCGUCGCCAGCCCUCAGCGUGGAGAGCCUGUCCUCUGAGAGCUCCGGCCAGACCCCCUCUGGGGAGCUUCUGGAGCCACCGGUUGUGCCCAAGAGCUCCUCAGAGCCUGCAGUCCAUGCCCCUGGCACCCCUGGGACCUCUGCCAGCCUCUCCGCCCACUCCUCCCUGUCCUCUUCUGGGGAACUGGUGCAGCCCAGUGCAGACCAGAUACCUCAGGCCGGCCCUGGCCUUGCCCCCGGCAUGAGGGGCAGCCCGAGUCCCCAGCCCGCCAAGCCCUGCAGUGGCGCGGCCCCCACCCCUCUCUUGCUGGUUGGAGACAAGAGCCCCGUGCCUUCCCCUGGAACCUCGUCCCCGCAGCUCCAAGUAAAGUCUUCCUGCAAGGAGAACCCUUUUAACCGGAAGGCAUCACCCACAGCAUCCCCAAUCACAAAGAAGACCACCAAGGGAUCCAAGCCGGCCAGGCCGCCGGCCCCAGGACACGGCUUCCCGCUCAUCAAGCGUAAGGUCCAGGCGGACCAGUACAUCCCCGAGGAGGACAUCCACGGAGAGAUGGACACGAUCGAGCGCCAGCUGGAUGCCCUGGAACACCGUGGAGUCCUACUGGAGGAGAAGCUGCGGGGCGGAGUGAACGAGGGCCGCGAGGAUGACAUGCUGGUGGACUGGUUCAAGCUCAUACACGAGAAGCAUCUGCUGGUGCGGCGGGAGUCCGAGCUCAUCUAUGUUUUCAAGCAGCAGAACCUGGAGCAGCGCCAGGCGGACGUAGAGUAUGAGCUCCGGUGCCUCCUUAACAAGCCAGAAAAGGACUGGACAGAUGAGGACCGGGGCCGAGAGAAGGUGCUGAUGCAGGAGCUCAUGGCUCUCAUCGAGCAGCGCAAUGCCAUCGUCAACUGCCUGGAUGAGGACCGGCAGAGGGAGGAGGAGGAAGACAAGAUGUUGGAAGCCAUGAUCAGGAGGAAAGAGUUCCAGAAGGAGGCUGAACCCGAGGGCAAGAAGAAGGGGAAGUUCAAGACCAUGAAGGUGCUGAAGCUGCUAGGAAACAAGCGGGAUACCAAGAGCAAGUCCCCAGGGGACAAGAGCUAACAGCCAGGGCGGCCAGCUGGGACUCCGCUCCUCCUGGCACACACCGCCCCGGGCCGUGCUCCGCUGCGGGGGCACCCUGCUUCCCAUCGGGAUCAGUCCUGGGGAAAGAUGACGUCAGGGGAGGGGGCCUCUGGGUGACAGCCUCUCCCUCCUCAGGGUCCUCUGGCUGGUCUGGGCCAAAGAAUUUUCUUCCCUUCUCUCGGGGCUGCAGGCAGCUAUGGGUCAGCCCUGCUCAGUCUGGUUCAGAUGCUGGGAUGGACCCAAGGAGCAAGGAGGGCCCUGGGUUCAGGGAGCAGCAGGGGCGUAGCACCCCUGCCUUGCGUCCCACCCACCACCUGCCAGGAUGGGCUGCCCCCGGGUCCCUCUUCCCCUCUGUACCAUGUCCAGAUGGGAUUCUCAGCAGUCAGAGUUCUGACCCGAAGGUCCUUCCACCCAUGCGGUCGGCCCGUGGUGGACCUCUGGCCCAGGUCUCCUGCCUUCAGGGCGCUGCUGCUCUUGGCAGGCCAGCAAGCCUGGCUUGGCCGCACCGGCCUCUCCCACCCCAGCCCUGGCUCCGAGUCCCUAUUUUCCUUUCCAGUGCAGGUGGCCCCGAAUCUGUUUCUCCUCACUCAGGAGCUCUAUUUAUGAAGUCUGAUUAAGUUUGAGCUUGUUACUCUGUCCUCAGACACGAAUGGGCCUGAUGGACAAAUUCCUGCCUCUGUCCCUCAGACCUCUGGCAGGUGCUUCUCUCUUCUCCCCUCGGUCCAUGGGAAACCUCGCCUCCCAGGAAUUGGAGUUGGGUGGGUGCCCCGGAGCUGAGUCCCCAGAGAGGGCCUCGGGGUGACAGGCCCCAGUGGUAGUUGUUGUCCCCACGCGUCAGCGGAGGGAGCUGUGUGCUUCACGGAACACACCGCAGUCUGACUCCUGCUUCCAACUUGCCGCCGCCCCGGGCUGAUCUCGGGUGUGGCCAUCACCUUUCUGUCUCCUCACACCUGACUGUUGUCCAUUCUCUCCCGACUUGUUCCCCCAGAGGACUGAUGGCCACUCACCGCACUGUGAUGGCCAUGGGAGAGGAGGAGCCGAUGGGGACAAUGUGCUUGUGUCCAGCAGCCCUCAGUCACAGCACUGUUGCUAUAAGCUAUCUCUGGGGCUCUCUGGGGCGCUCUAGGGCCCCCCUCCCUCAGCACACCUCUGGGGAAAGUACGCACUGUAUUAACUCCUGAGGAUUUUCCUCACCAACAAUAAAUGGAGACAACCUCAGUUGCCAGUGCCCCCGAGCCUUGGGCACUUUGCCCUCAGCUGGCUCUGCCUUCUUCCCUGCCUCCGCCAUGCCCUGUGGUCAGGUAUCUCUGGUCACCUGAGAGGGGCAAGUGGGGUAUCCACAGCCAGGGACCUUGGCCCCAGGGCCUGGUGGUGGGCACGACUCUUCCUCUGCCGGGAGUGGCGGCUCCUGUGCCUGCGCAGCCCCUGGGGUCUCCUUCCAAACAUGCCUGUUGAUCAGAAGCUGGUCACCAACUCCAAAGACUUUGGGGGCCUGGCGGGUCACAUACCUGACGAGGCUGGGUAUAACCCGAGGGGUGGCUCUGUCAGGCUGUCUUGGUGUCCGAGACUCAGGUAGUGGGGCCUGAGGUGAACGAGGUUGUCUGUGUCCCAACUCUUAAGGGGCAAGUUCUUCCUUCCUUAAGUCAACCGUAGCCUGUGGGAAUGUGGGCCCAGUGUGGCCAGACCUUUCCAUUUUUCAAAAGAAGCUGGAAAUCCA